UAAUCACCUUUAAAAAAAAAAUAAAAAUAUGUAAAGAGGGCAGCGUGCUGGAGAAGCCAAAAACAAAAACGAACGCUAACCCUAAACCAUUACUGCUGCAUCACCAUUACUCUCUCUUCUCUCUCUAGUCUCGCCUCUUCCAGUCUUCCUUCUCCAAAUCUCCACCGCCAACCGGCACCGGGCACCGGCCAAGUUUCUCCAGUCUUCCAGUCUAGCCUUCGACAUUCGACAAUCGACAGUAAACAGUUCGAGUGUUGUGUUCCAGUUCGACCUUCGAUUAAUCGAUUCCCACUGCUUCCAGCUUCUUCCUCUUCCUCUUCAAUUCCAUACUUCGAUUCGAGCCUUCGACAAUUCCAUACUGUUCGAGCCUUCGAUUCACUGACUGUUCGACUGUUCGAGCCUUCGUCGCUUCCUCUUCCUCUUCAAUUCCAUACUUCGACAGUACACUUCGUCACUUGUUCAAUUGGCAUAUAGAAUGAUUGGGGAUGCAAACUUUUUUAGUUGUUUCGUGGAGGAGCUAUCGUUUUUUCUGCUCUUCCACUUUUGGUCGAUUGAAGGAAUCGAAAUCCAUCCCUACUCAAUCAUUAGAAAUCGGGAAUGUCCUCCUUGCAGCACAUAUCACUAAAGCUUUGUCUCAAUCUGGAACGCAAAGUCUUGACGCUGACUUCAUACCUGUUUCUGAGAGUCUUGUUCUCCAUGUCCUUAGAAAAAACUCCCUUGACCCAGCAAAAAAGAUUGAUUUCUUCAACUGGUGCACUGAAAAAAAAGGUUAUAGACACUCUGCAAACACUUUUUCUCAGAUUCUUCGUUUACUUUGUCAUCCGAAGAGUCGCAACUACCUUAAUGAUCAUGUGGUGCACUAUCUUUUUAGUGCCAUGAAGCAUGAUGGUGUCCUUGUCGAUUCAUCCACCUUUAAGCUUCUACUUGAUGCUUUUAUCCACUCGGGUAAGGUUGAUUUCGCUCUUACAAUCCUAGACCAGAUGGAAAAUUUAGGAGCUACCUUGGAUCCCUACUUGUAUAAUUCUGUUGUUGUUGCUCUGGUUCGGAAAAACCAGCUCGGUUUAGCUUUGACUAUGUUUACCAGACUUCUGGAAAUCUCGAGGGGUUUUGGAACCGCUGUUCCCUGCGAUCCUGCUGCCUGCAAUGAGUUACUAGUUGCUCUUAGAAAAGCUCAAAUGAAGGAGGAGUUUAAGAAACUAUUUUUGAGUUUGAGAGAGAAUAACAUUGGAUUAGAUAGAUGGGGUUAUAAUAUUUGUAUUCAUUCAUUCGGGUGUUGGGGUGACCUUGAAACGUCACUCCGUCUUUUUAGGGAGAUGAAGGAAUCAAGCACAGGUACAUGUGAUCCAGAUUUAUGUACAUACAAUAGUCUCAUUCAUGUGCUCUGCUUAGUUGGGAAAGUGAAGGAUGCACUGUCUGUUUGGGAAGAUAUAAAGUAUUCGGGUCACGAGCCUGAUACUUUCACUUAUCGUAUCCUCGUCCAGGGCUGUGCAAAAUCAUAUCGGAUUGAAGAUGCAACAAGCAUCUUCAAUGAAAUGCAGUGCAACGGUUUCCAACCAGAUACUGUCGUAUACAACUCUCUUCUAGAUGGUUAUCUCAAGGCUAGAAAGCUCACCGAAGCAUGUCAGCUUUUCGAGAAGAUGAUUCGAGAAGGUGUUAGAGCAUCAUGUUGGACGUAUAAUAUUUUGAUUGACGGGUUGAUUAGAAAUGGACGGGCUGUUGCUGGUUACACGCUAUUCUGCAAUUUGAAGAAGAAAGGGCAGUUUGUCGAUGGCAUUACCUACAGCAUCAUCAUUUUGCAUCUUUGUAGAGAAGGCCUUAUCGAGGAAGCCUUACGUCUAGUUGAGGAGAUGGAAGGAAGAGGAUUUGUUGUUGAUUUGGUCACAAUAACUUCACUCUUGAUCAGACUUUAUAAGCAAGGUCAAUGGGAUUCAACAGAACGGCUUAUGAGACACAUAAGAGACGGAAAUCUAUUGCACAAUGUUCUCAGGUGGAAAGCUAAUAUGGAAGCUUCAUUGAAGCAAAAGCGGAAAACAAAACAGGAUUAUUCUCCCAUUUUCCCAGCUGAAGGAAAUUUUAGUGAAAUCGUUGAUUUUCUCGCAGUUGAAGGUGGAGCGGAUAGCAGCCUAAGAUCAGGUAACGGUGAAUGUUCAGAAUUGGAGUCGGACUUUGACGAUGUUGAUGAUUGGUCGUCAUCCCCUUACAUGGAUCGAUUGGCUAAUGAAACAAAUCCCAAUGGCCAAUUCUUUAAAUGGUUCUCAUUGUCCAAAGGUCGACGAGUUCAAUCAAACGAUAUGAACACCUUUGAUAUUGACAUGGUGAAUACAUAUUUGUCCAUCUUUUUGUCCAAGGGCAAGUUAAGCAUAGCUUGCAAAUUAUUCGAAAUAUUCACUGAUAUGGGUACCGAUGCAGUGAGUUACACAUAUAAUUCGAUAAUGAGCUCAUUCGUUAAAAAGGGUUAUUUCGAUCAAACAUGGGGAAUCCUCCAUGAAAUGGGUGAGAACGUAUGUCCAGCCGAUGUAGCAACAUACAACAUUAUCAUUCAAAGUUUAGGGAAGAUGGGAAGAGCCGAUCUAGCUAGCUCCGUUCUGAACAAGCUUGUGAACGAAGGUGGUUUUCUCGAUAUUGUUAUGUAUAAUACUCUGAUGAAUGCCCUUGGGAAGGCUGGAAGAGUAGAUGAAGCCGUUAAGCUUUUUGAACAGAUGAAGAAAAGUGGGAUAAACCCUGAUAUUGUCUGUUUUAAUACUCUGAUUGAAAUUCAUACGAAAGCGGGUAGGCUGAAAGACGCCCACAAAUUGCUGAGGAUGAUGCUAGAUGCAGGUUGCUCACCGAAUCAUGUUACUGAUACGAUAUUAGAUAAGCUCGGACUAGAAAUCGAGAAAUUUCAGCAGCAGAAAGCACCGAAUCUGUCAAGACCGUGAUUACUGAUUAGAAUGGUUAUUCUCUCCUGAUAUCCAUCACACUGGUUUCCUGUAGGCUCUGCUGACUACACAAGCUGACUACAUAGAUUUAGGCUUUGGCCAUAAUUUUCUUUAUGAAAAUAUUCCCAUCACUAAUUUUAUUCUCGUUCAUGUAUUUUCUAUUCUUUUUAAUGCUAUCUACGCGAUUUAAAUGUCA